UCCAACCACAUCAAGUGUAUAACUGCAGAUUCCUUGUGUGUGCGCAAGACAGCAAUUGAAUUCAAAAUGCUGCAUGUGAUUCUGGUCCUCGCUGGAGUUUGUACAGUGGGCAUUGCUAUGCCUUUACCAGAUUUUUACUCCUACUCACCUGAAGCGGGUGAUGGCAGUGGAGUGAUGUACUCUUCUGCACAUGAAGGUCGUAUCACUGGAAUCAGAGUCUGGGAGUACUCUAAUGCAUACCCCAGUGGGAUCCAGCUGCAAUAUAAUGGCAACUGGACAGACAUGAUUUCUGUAAAUUAUGGCAUUCCAAUGGAGAUGACACUAUCUGACAAUGAAUACAUCAUGGAGGUUUCUGGAAAGUAUUACUCAGGUUACGUCUUUGAGAUCAUGUUUGUCACUAGCCGUGGGAGAUCAUUUAAAGUGGGGCAACCUUCUGGCACCUCGUUUCACUUCUUCCCAACCCAUGAUGGAAGUGAACUACGUUUUAUAAGUGGGCGACAAAAUGGAUGGGGCAUCACCUCCAUCGGAGCUCACUGGGCUGUUUACAACACUGACAGCAGUGUAACACCUUAAGUUCAGCCUGUGGUUUUUGUUCAUGUUUUUGCAUUAUUAGUUUCUUUCCCAACAUGAUUGUUGUUACUUAGUCAAUGGCUAUGUUUUGUUCACUUUAACCUAUGAUAGGUACGUCGGGUCUUUUCAAAUAAACUUUGUCAUCAGCUUGA